AUGAAGAGGUCAAUAGUCCAAUACCCCCGUCGGCACUUGGUCCAGCUCGUGUUCCUCGUCUCGGCGGCCACGGCGACCACUAUCAGCGUCGGGAGCACAGCGCUCAGCCUGUCUAACUUCCAACUGAUUGCCGAGGUUUCUGUGCCGCUGGGUUGCUUGUUGGCAUACAACAAUCCUAUCCAAGGAUGCGAGGCCACCGAUUUUGCCAGCAAGAGAACAUGCUCGACCACGUGUACGAGUGGGCUGGCACGCAUGCAAAGCACCCUCCAAGAUGCCUGCCAGGCGGUUCAAGUCCAGGCCAACACGAUCCUCGGCCAGGCGCUCGCGGGAAAUCUCGUCACCUUGCUCUGUGGUGCCACCAAUCAACCGACGUCGUCACCAGUGCAGACCGUCAAGCCCAGCACCACGACAGUGUUCAUCCUGCCGUCGACCAGCGCCGUCAAGCCUCCUCCACCACCCCCGCCACCACCGGCUACUACUACUCCCGUCCUUCCACCUUCACCACCGGUUACAACUACUGUCCUCCCACCUCCGCCUCCGCCAUCUAUGACGUCGGCACCGGUACUGCCACCUCCAGUUCAGUCUUCUCCUCCUCCACCGCUACCGCCACCGACUACGGCCGUGCCGCCCGUCUCCAAUCCAGUACCGCCGCCGCCGCCGCCGCCGCCGCCGCCGCCGCCUCCACCUCCCACCACCAUAGUCACCUCUACGACCACGACUGAAACCCAAGCAACACCUCAGACCACGUCGACGAAGCCUCCCGUCAACCCCCUAGACGCUUUGCUGCAGAACGGUGCACAGGGCAAGACAACUGGAGGCGCUUUUGAAUGGGGGCUGCCGGCCCUUGCUAUCAUCUUUUCGGGUUUCUUGUGA